AAUUCAUUUUUGUUAUAAAUAGGUUCAUUUCAUUGUAAUUCAAAUGCAGUCACACAUCAGAGAAGGAGAAUAAUAAGUUAAAAAACAUACAAAACACAAAAAUAAAAAUAAGCAAUGGCAAAAGCUAUUGUUCUCCUCUCUGCCCUUUGCAUUUUGGCUAUUGCCAAUUUUGCUGUCGCUGAGCCUGAAGUCUUCAAUGUCGAAGGCAAUGUAUUUUGUGACACAUGCCGUCUUGGUUUCGUCACCCCACUUAGCGAUGCCAUUGAAGGUGCCACGGUGCGCUUGCAAUGCAGAGACAUGGCAACAUACAAAGAGAAAUUCACAACCGAAGGCAAAACAGAUGCUACGGGCAAAUAUUCAUUGAGAGUUGAAGGUGAUCAUGAAAAUGACAUCUGUGAGGUUACUUUAGUAAAAAGCCCAAAGGAAAAUUGUGCAGAAAUUGUAUCAGAUUUGGUUAGUAGCAGAAUUGUUUGCAGUAAAAAUGUUGGCAUGCACAAUGCUGUCCGUUUUGCUAAUCCACUUCUCUUCCAUAAAGACAAACCAGUCCAAGGUUGUAGAGAACUUAUUGAGAAAAUGGAGCUUGUUGACCUAAUGCUUCUUGAAAAUGACGAAAAAAAUUAAAAGAGAGAAUACAUAUAUACUUUUUGCUCCUUUUAUACAUUUCAACAUGUUUUUUAAAAAAAAAAAAAAAAAAAGAAGAGAAGAGAAAAUAUUUUUUGUUGAUUUCUUCCUGAAUGUGUAACUCUCAUGGAAAACAAAAUUGUUUUCCAUGAAUCUCAUAUGAGAAGAUCAAUAAUGGCUUCUUAGAAAUUUUUGUAUUUUAAUAAUAUGGAGUUGAUCAUUA